AUGGAAAAAAGUUAUUUAUCGAGAUCGGCUUCCAUGGACAGUUUGUUGACUGAAGAUGAAACUGAACUGAUGAGACAAUAUAUGCAUUUUUAUAACGAAAGAAUCAUCACUACAGAACAAUUCAAGAAAAAUGUAAUGGAUUCAAGGCCAAGAAAUAUUAAAGAACCAGUCUUAGACACGGCCAUGGAUACUCUCCGUAAGGAAAUGGCUGCAAUGAUGGACAAGGACCUUGAACUUGCUAAACAGCUUCUGAUCCUGCACGAAACUAUCGAAGAUUUACUGGCAGAGGAUAACAACUGUGAAACAUGUAACAGUUCUGACACGUGUUCAGAGAUAAGCAUGUGUACCUCUUGUUCACUUAGUAAAAAUACCUUAGAAGAUGAGCUCAGUGUUUCUUCAGAUGAGUCUGCACACAAAAAGUACUUAUCAGUCGACUCUGAGAAGGUUGACAGAUGUACACCUGUCAAACAACUCAAAAGACGAAGCCACGGAGGCCAUCAGAAACAAAACUCAAAUGAUUCGGGAUAUUGUUGCAUUUUCCAAGAUCUUGAAGUGACGAUUUAA